CGGAAGCGGCGGCGGCGGCGGAGGGGGGAAGAUGGCGGUGCGGCUGGGCCCGGUCCCGGUCCCGGUCCCGGUCCCGGUCCUGCUGGCGCUGCUGGCGCUGCUGGGCCCGCUGCGGGGGGCCCGCGCCGCCCUCAACCUGCAGGAGCUGAGCGAGCUCAAGUACGGCCUGGAGAUCCUCGCCGAGCCCGUGCUGGCCGGGCAGCGCCAGACGGAGGGUGUGGUGACGGUGGCAUCAAAGUUCAAGCAGCGCUAUGAGUGUCGGCUCCCGCCCGCCGCUGUCCGGCGCCAGCCCGACCCCGAGGAAGAGGCGCAGCUCUACAACGGCUCCGGCGUUGCCGAGCUCCUGCGCCCCAUGGCAGCUGCCCCAUGUCUUGUCAAGACCAAGGACUGGUGGACGUACGAGUUCUGCUAUGGGAAGCACAUCCAGCAGUACCACGUGGAAGAGUCAGAGAUCAAAGGAGACGUCCUCUUCCUCGGCUACUACCAGUCAGCAUUCGACUGGGACGAUGAGACAGCCAAGGCCUCCAAGCAGCACCGGCUGAAGCGGUACCACAGCCAGAGCUACGUGAAUGGCUCCCGGUGUGACCUCACCGGCCAAGCCAGGGAGGCCGAAGUCCGGUUCCUGUGUGAGGAGGGGGCUGUCGACUACAUCGCCCGGGUGGACGAGCCGCAGUCCUGCUCCUACGUCCUGACCGUCCACACCACCCGCAUCUGCCACCACCCCUUCCUGCGCCCGCCGGCCGGCGCCGCUCCGCAGCCCAUCCUCUGCCAGCCGGCGCUCAGCCCGGCCCAGUACGUUGAGUACGUCCGCGCCCAAGUCUCUGACACGAAGCGGAAGGUGGAGGAGAUCUCGGAGGAGCUCAAGACGCUGGACACAAGGCUGUGGAGUGAGAGGGACGCUGAGGCCCCUGCGCAGCCCCCCGCGGGCACGCCGGCAGCCCGCGGUGACGCCGCGCCGGGGGACGAGCUGGACCCAGCGAAGGAGGCGGCUUUUUGGGAUCGGGCGCGCGAGGUGACCGUCAAGGCUGGCGGCCAGCAGGACAGCGCCAGGGCAGAGGAGCUGUCCCCAAAGGCAGCUGGCAGCCGGGCAGCUGAUACGCGGAAGAAAAUCCACUUCAAAGUGAUCAGGAGCCCCGGGGACCUGCUCCAGUUCAUCGAGGAGCUGAAGGAGAGCACCAAGAAGGCCAAGGAGAAGGUGAGUGAGGAGGAAGAGGAGGACACGGCGGCGAAGGCUCCCCCGGAACCUCCUGUCCCUGAGGAGCCGCCAGCGGGUGAGAGGGAGCGGCUGGAGGAGGAAGAGGAGGAUGAGGAGGAAGAUGGGGACCUUCUGGGUGGCUUUGAGAAGGAGCUGGAGGCCGUUCUGCUGCCCCGGGAGCAGAUGGCCCAGCUGAAGGAGGAGGUGAAGACUGAGAUGGAGAAGGAGUUCGACAACAUCAUCAACGAGGUGGAGGACGAGCUGGAGACAGAGGGGCUGAAGGGGGAGUUUGACCGUAACCAGGCGUCCAAGUCCUUGGCCUCCACCCUCAACCGCCUCAUGGACAAGCUGGAUGGGGGUGGCCCAGGCCCGGGGGUGGAGAAGGAGGAAGAGGAGGGGGCCGGGAGGAAGGUCACCCCCAGCCCCCCCGCCGCUGACGGCCGGGUACGGGUGCGGGUGAGCAGGAUCGGGCCCGGCAGUGCCCGGCAGCGGGACCCCCCCCCCCAAGAGAUGGGUCAGGACAAUCCCCAGCUCCAGCACAUCGAGAGCGAGGUCCGGGAGCUGCUGGCCAAGGAGGGGCUGCGGGCUGAAGGAAAAAUCGAGAUCAAGAUCGUGACGACGGGGGGCGGCGACGAGGACGAUGCGCACUGGCUGUCGGAGGAGGACACCAAGAACCUCAAGGAGAUCUUCUUCAACAUCCUGAUCCAGGGCACGGAGGAGGCGCAGAAGGAGCGGCGGCGGCAGCAGGCACUGGAGGACAACUACCGCUUUGUUUGGGGGGGCCGGGACCAGCCCCAGCCCCCCGGCGACUCUGAGGACCCCGACUUCUGACCAGACCCCCCCCUGACCCUCCCCACCCCAAUUUGUGGCUUUGCCCCUCUAACCCCCCCACCACCUUAGCGUGGGGCUGGGCACAGGACCCGUGAGGGGGGGGCAUGAUGCUCCCCCCGCAACCUCCCAGGGGCGAACCUGGACUGUUUGGGGGAGGGGAGGGGGGAAACUCACUGUCCCCAAUGCGGGGGGGGGGGGGGGGGGGGGAGACACACAUGACCCUGCGCUGAGAACAGGCGCAUUUGUGACAUGGAUGAGUGGGGGCAGGAGUGGGGAGGAGCGUGAUUUAGGGGUGGGGUGGGGGGUUGAGGGGGGGAUUGUGAUUUGGGGGGGAUUCCCACUGUUGUCACUGGAGGCAUUUGCGCUCCCCCCCUCUCUUCCUGGGGGCGGCACUCUCUCACAAUGAGAUGUAAUGAGGUUGUUAGGCCUCUGUGACCCCUUUUCCCCACCCCCACCCCCCUGAUUUUUAUCAAUAAACCAAGAUCUGCCCCGG